UGUUGUCAUGCAGCUCCUCCAUCCUCCCACAACAUUAUUACCCUGAAUCACAAUCUGUCCCUCUCACACACACAAUGGGGCUGUAAUGUCACCUACGCCCGAGAUCAGAGCAUCCUCUCACGACCGCGGAAACUGUGUAUGGAUCUAAUGAUGAUGAAGAAGAAGAAAUUCAAGUUCCGGGUGGAUUUCGAGCUGGACGAGCUGUCGUCGGUCCCCUUCGUGAACGGCGUCCUCUUCUGUAAAGUCCGGCUGCUGGAUGGCGGCUUCUCGGAGGAGUCUUCUCGGGAACCAGUGCACGCCAACUGUGUUCGAUGGAGAAAGCGAUUCUCUUUCCCCUGCAAGAUGAGCGCCAGUGCAGGGACGGGUGUGCUGGACCCGUGUGUGUGUCGCGUGUCCGUCAGAAAGGAGCUGAAAGGUGGAAAAGCAUUUGCAAAGCUUGGUUUUGCAGAUCUGAAUUUAGCAGAGUUUGCCGGCUCAGGGAAUACAACUCGCAGAUGUCUGCUGGAAGGCUACGACACCAAAAACACUCGUCAGGAUAACUCCAUUCUCAAGGUAAUCAUCAGUACGCAGCUAAUGUCAGGAGAUCCCUGUUUCAAAACGCCUCCCUCCACCGCCACAGUGAUCGGGAUCCAGGGGGAUGGAGAGAGCCUGCUGGAGGAGAGGAGAGGAGGGGACUCACAGAAAGGCUGUGCUGGAGAGAGUCGAGAAGGGAAGUGUCCUGUUGCGACGGAUGAGUUGGGGGGCUGCGGCCACUCCCGAACGUCCAGCUACGCCAGCCAACAGUCCAAACUCUCAGGCUACAGCACAGGUCAUUCACGCUCUUCAAGCAUGUCAGAGUUCAGUCACCGGAGGAAUCAUUCAGUGGGCAGCGCCUCCACCGGCAUCGGAAGUAUACCAGAACCCAGCGAAGACCGUGAGUCCAGACCGUGUCCAGCUCUGCCAGAACACCCCGUCUCCUCAGCGACCAGCACCAACCCGCCGGGCACGCCGGUGCGGAGCGCCUCAUCCUGUGAACGACUGAACAGACACCCUGUGAAACAAGACUCCAUGGAGUCUCAGCUGAAGAGGAUGGAUGACACGAGGGUGGAUGCUGACGACGUUGUGGAAAAGAUUCUACAGAGUCAAGACUUCACACCCAGUCUGCUGGACUCCAGUACUGAAGAAGAAGGCUUGCGUCUCUUUGUCGGGCCUGGAGGAAGUACAGCUCUUGGAAGUCAUCACCUUCCAACCAGGGUCGGUGCUGGAGCUUACGAGCAGGUGGUGAUAAAGCGUUAGACCUGCAGCCUCUCAGCCAUGGACUGACAGUAAUUGCGUCUAAAACUAAAAAGAAACAAGUCUGUUUCCACCUCUGCCUGCAUUCCUACAGCACACACAGUAACUGAUGCACAGUGUGUCAAUUCAGAUCGCGCUGAACCGUUAACAUGACAAUAGUGCUCUCGUGUUCACGUCUGCUUACACAGCACUGUGGCUGCACUGACAUUUAUCAGAACAAAAAUGUAAACAGAUUUUGUCUAUGUUCAGACAUGCCGCUGCAGACCACACAAAAAAAGGAAAGAUUAAAUCAGAUCAUACCAAAAUUUAUCAAGAUGCAUUAAGUUUGGCUUUCUGAGCCCAAACAGUCUGCUCUGUCUGGGUGCAGAAAAACUAUGAAAACUCCACCCGGAUAAACAUUUUUACAGAAUCUGGGUUCACAAAAUUAACUUCUCUGUAGAUGGCAGAUGGAUAAGAUCUUAGUAGGAAUAAAAAAUAAAUAAAAAACAACCAAUACUGUUAAGUGCUUAAUACAUUCCUUGGUCUGUGUUUGUUUCGGACUUCCUUUUCAAACAGGAUGUUCCAUUUAAAAUUCUCCCGUUAGCUGCUAAAAAGAUUAUGUUGGUACUCAGAUGGUGUUUUUAAAAAGUGAGACCAUUUUACUACACAGAGCUGUUAAUAUGGACUGUGAGUUCUUUUGUAUGUUCUUUUGCUUUUCCUCUUAUUUUCAAUGUACUUGACAUUUGCCUUACCAUAUAAACAAAUGUAAUGCUGAAGAAAUGUACGAUUUCGGUUAAAACAGCUAAUAUUUAGUUUCAGGAAAAAGGAAAAUGAAGCAAAAUGACGAUCCAACCACAGUAACUACAUUCUAUUUUGUACACUACCAGACAACAGGAAAUCUACACUGGUGAAACCACAACUAGUCUAACCUGUUUUGCCUUAAUUGGUAUCUUCCAUCACAUCCUGUCACAUUUCUUAAUUAGACAGUAGCCAAAUCCAUUCAGGACAUGCAAGAAUAAGUAGCUAUAACCUCUCUAGUCUGUAUUUGUUUUAGGGUGAUUUACUUUUGUUGUAAAUCCCUGCUUUGUUUUUAAUAGAGCAAUAUAUUCCAAACAGGUGGGCGAUAUGUUGAUUAAUUUUGACAUUGUAGGGCAAUGUCAAAAUGAAUUUACACUCUAAAAGGAUGUAUACCUGUUGUGUGUCUAUGCUUUUCACCUGUUUUUCAUUCACUGAGAGCUAGCUUGCUGAUUGGGGAGCCUUACAUCAGUAAGAAGACGCAUCAAAAGUUUGACUUAUCUGCAUCUGAUCCAUAAUCUGCAGCUUGUUUGCAUUAUGACAGGAAAGAUUGAGUACUAGUAAAGUGGUCUGCUCCCAAGAAAUGAUUCAACAGAACUAUUAUUUAUCAAGGUCCAUUAUGAUAUACCAGUAGUUUAUGUGUAUUUGUUGUAGCUUCAAGUCAAAGGGUUGGAACUAAGGGCUGCCCUUCAUUAUCUCAAGCAUCCAGAUAGAUUUAUGCAUAUUGCAACUAAUAAAUAAGCUGAGUUUUUAAAUCCUCAAACACACUCCUAAUGAACAUUUCUAGCCUUUUAGGAGGGUGUAUUGGAACAAAUUGCUGAGGUACGCAGCACAUUAUUACCUGGUGGCCUGUGAGGAUAACAUUUAGAGAGAACUUCAGGCAUUUUUUCUAACUAGUAAAAACAGACUAAAUGGCAUCUUUACUCAUCUGUUAAAGGUCGACAUUAAGGAUAGGAAAACUGCAUCAUCCAGAAACUAUAAACAUCUUACAUCAGUAUCUGCACAAGUGAGUUUGUGGUGUUUUAACUAUACGUCAGUGUUCUCCGUUUUAUGUUGGCAUUUUCUGCAUGAUUAUGAUGUCCAUCUAAUGGUAAUGGCUUUGGCAAAUUUCCUCUUCAUAUUCUUAAUGUGUUUUGUUUGGGGUUUGGUUUUUUUGUCUUUUUUUUUCCUUUCUCUUAAUUUGACAUGGUUCCAUCUCUUAACCUCUUUUCCAUGUCAUAAGAACAAUUUCUGGUACUUCUCAUUAAAAGCAGAAAUCUGCACAUGUCAAUGUAAAAAGUUACUCAGUGCUUUCAAUAUGUUUGUCUCUUUUUUUUUUUAUGUAUUGUUUUGGAAAUUGUCUGUUCAAAAAAUAUUUGGGUUUCUUUAAUAUUUCAUUGCUGAUGUGCCAUAUUUUUGAUAAACAUGCUAUUGUCUGAGGAAAAGUGUCUUUGCACAACAGUUUGGAAUUAAUUGUAUGAUUCUUUUGGGGGGAAUUUUAUUUUUUUUUUGGCUUCCAAAUGUCUAAAUCAGUAUUUGUGUGUGUGUCUGUGUGUGAAUGUGUGGGGGGGUGGAGUCUUUUGGAAUGAAAAUCACUUGUUUUACCUGUGUGACACAGGUAUGUUCAUCUUGGUAUCUAACAUGUUGUUACAAACAUGGUUGCUUUUUUUCUCUUCUGUGAAGCUGUCGUCUAUAUAAAACUGUAUUCUCUUGUAAAGUGAUGUUCUGUGCUGUUCUGACACUGUCAAGUGUUCUCUGUUACAGACGUGUUCUUUUGACCAAUAUUUGCUUCCCUAACAAAUGUACUGGAUACAUAAAAUGUCUACCUGGCACUGUUUAAUAAAACUGUUUAAAAUACCUCUUUUUUUAAGUGUCCAUAAUGUGCAAAAAUAAAAA